UACGGAGCGCUUGUGGGUUUAAGUGGACAGCUCUAUGUUUCAAGCACAGAAAGAGAAUGGCCAAGAUAUUGUGCAUUUUGUCUGCAAUAGUUUUUGUCGUGAAAACGGACGAGGUCAGCGAAUUUAAUGCAACUGUCCCAGCCGUUAACAUGACAUUGAACUCUACUGUUAACAGAACGAUAGCUUUUAAGACGCCUGUGUUCUCAUUAUUCUCCACCACCACCACCACCGCAGCCAAUAAACCAGUUUUGGGAAAGAAAAAUAUGCGAAAGAAAACUGCAGAUGACAAGCGCAUCGAUCAAGACGAGGAUGGAAAACAUGACACCACAAAUGGCACAGCAGACGCAAAGAAAGAACCUGACUGUCCCCCGCUGGGUCUGAAGUCACUGAGGGUUGAUGACAGCCAGUUCCAGGCUUCAUCCUACCUGCGUAUGGGACUUGGCCCUCACAGGGCAAGACUCAAUAUACAGUCAGGUAUCGAGGAUGGAGACAUGUAUGAUGGCGCGUGGUGUGCUAAGUAUGAGGACCAGCACCAGUGGCUGCAGGUGGAUGCUCUGCGCCCCACGCUGUUCACAGGAGUCAUCCUGCAGGGACGCAACUCCAUCUGGAGCUGGGACUGGGUUGAAACCUACAAAGUGCAGCUGAGUAACGACUCCGAGACCUGGAAGACCUGCAUGAACGGAGCAGAGGAGGCGGUGUUUGUUGGAUCCCGAAAUGAACCUGAGACACCCUAUCUGGCCCUCUUCCCUCAGCCCGCGGUGGCUCGUUGGAUCCGCAUCAACCCCCAGACCUGGUACUGGAACGGGACAAUCUGUCUCAGAGCAGAGGUACUGGGAUGCCCCCUCCCAGAUCCGGACAACGUUUGGCAACACUUCUCUGAAAAACUGUCUGGCUCUAAAGAUAACCUGGACUUCAGACACCACAACUACAAGGAGAUGAGGAAGCUGAUGAAGGCUGUGAAUGAAGAAUGCCCUCGUAUCACUCGCAUCUACACCAUUGGGAAGAGCUACACCGGACUGAAGCUGUACGUCAUGGAGAUCUCUGAUAACCCCGGAAAACAUGAACUAGGUGAGCCAGAGUUCCGCUAUGUGGCAGGUAUGCAUGGCAACGAGGUGGUUGGCAGAGAGCUGGUGCUGAACCUCAUGCAGUACAUCUGUCGGGAGUUUAGACGAGGCAACCCACGCAUCGUCCGUCUGGUGACCACCACACGUAUCCACCUACUGCCGUCUAUGAACCCUGAUGGAUACGAAACAGCCUUUGAAAAGGGGUCAGAACUGGCAGGUUGGGCUCUGGGGCGCUACAGCUACGAGUGGGUCGAUAUGAACCACAACUUUCCCGACCUGAACAAUAUCAUGUGGGACGCCAAGGAGAAUGACACAGACAUGGUUAAAACAGCCAACCACUACAUCCCCAUACCAGAGUACUACACUAAAGAGGAUGCCUUCGUGACCCCAGAGACUCGUGCAGUCAUCAGCUGGAUGCAGGACAUCCCCUUUGUCCUGAGUGCCAACCUCCACGGGGGAGAACUGGUGGUUACCUACCCCUUCGACUGCACCCGGGACUGGGCCCCUCAGGAAAACACCCCUACAGCUGACGAUAGUUUCUUCCGCUGGCUGGCCACGGUCUACGCCUCCACCAACCUGGUCAUGGCCAACCCUGAUAGGAGGAUCUGCCACUCUGAAGAUUUCCAACAGCACAACAAUAUCAUUAACGGAGGAGCCUGGCACACCGUCCCUGGGAGUAUGAAUGACUUCAGCUACAUGCACACUAACUGCUUCGAGGUGACAGUGGAGCUGUCGUGUGACAAGUUUCCUCACGCCAGCGAGCUUCCUACAGAGUGGGAGAACAACAAGGAGUCUCUGCUUGUCUACAUGGAGCAGGUUCACAGAGGCAUCAAGGGAGUGGUGAGAGACAAGAUGACGAAGAAAGGCAUUGCAGACGCCAUUGUGAAAGUGGAAGACCUGGACCACGACAUACGAUCAGCGGCUGAUGGGGACUACUGGCGUCUGUUGAACCCUGGGGAAUACAAAGUCACAGUGUGGGCGGAGGGAUACAUUCCCUCCAUGAGGCGGUGCAACGUCGGGACCGAAGCACGCCCCACCAUCUGUGACUUCAUCUUGAUCAAGACUCCACGGCAGAGGAUGAACGAGAUCCUAGCUAAAGGAGGGAGGUUACCCCAGGAUCUCCAACUGAAGCUGAGAGCACUGAGGCUCCGGAAACUAAGAGCCUCCACCAAGGCCAUCAAUCAACGGAGGAAGAACAGCCGCAAGGCCAGGAGAACACGGUUCGCUAGGGCACCACGCCCUCUCACACCCCUGGCCUGAGAGACAGCGUCUCUAAUGACACCCUAUUCCCCACAUGGCUCUGGUCAAAAGAAGUGCACUAUAAUAGAGAAUAGGGUGCCAUAGGCCUCUGGUCUAAAGUAGUGCACUAUAUAGAGAAUAGGGUUCCAUAGGGCUCUGGUUUAAAGUAAUGCACUAUAUAGAAUAGGGUGCCAUAGGGCUCUGGUCUAAAGUAGUGCACUAUAUAGAGAAUAGGGUGCCAUAGGGCUCUGGUCUAAAGUAGUGCACUAUGUAGAGAAUAGGGUGCCAUAGUGCACUACUUUAGAUCAGAGACUAUGUAGAGAAUAGGGUUCCAUAGGGCUCUGGUAUAAAGUAGUGCACUAUGUAGAGAAUAGGGUGCCAUUUGGGACUCAACUUGAGGCUUUGAAACGACCGGGGUGUUUGAGAUGGACUACAUUGUAGUCAGCGACUACAGACAGACUGAAAUAUAAAACGUCAAUGAGAAGUCAUUUUUAGAAAGGCGAUUUGUAAAUCCGACUGCAAUGUAGUCGAUCUGAAACAAGACACAGCGGCUUCAACACAAGUCUGUAUUCCCAGUGAAUGUUAUGAUGUCAGAUUUGAAUAGCAGAGGACAGGGAGAUUUAAUGUGCUCUAACUAGCUUGUUGGGACAGUGGUCAACAUGGUCAGUUGUUUGUUAAAAAGGUAGAGAGAUAAUGAAGUUGAUGAGGCUGUAUCUUUACAUUGGUAGGAAUAUUUCAUACCUUCUAACUAGUUGUUUGGCUUGUUGGGAAAGUGGUCAACAGUAGCUAGGUUUCCAUCCAAUUGGCGACAGAUUUUCAUGCAAAUAUAUAUAUUUUUAAAUCUGCAUAAAGAAAAUCUGCAUAUUUUCCCACCAGUGGAUUUGUUGCGGAUAAAACGUCAGUCCGUGAUGACGUGAUGACGCACAAAUAGUACUUUUUCACUUAAAAGGUUUUCAAGUUACCGAAUUAAAAAUCAAAAGUUCAUAGUUUUUUUCCAUCGCAUUUUCAACUCGUAUCGAUAGUUUGUUGCGCUGAAUAGCACACUCACGUGCGCACUCCAGCCGACAGCUCGGGUAGAGCCAUCUAUCUACACGAUGAGAUUAUUAUGGAUCAGGGAGAAGAUAUGUUUGUUGUUGUCGACCCGGCAGUCAAGCAUCGAUCAUCAUGUCACCAGACCGUGGUAUUGUGAAGGAGCGUCCAGCUCACAGCAUCCAUUCACCACCCUGCGUUGUUCAUCAGAAGUCUCAGUUCAUCUGUAGCCUAAUAAACUACAUGGUUUCCCGGAGUCGUAGUGAGAGGACCACACGCCAAUAUCAUCUCGUGACUCCCAACUUUACUUUGAUACGGUUCGAUAACAAUUAUAUCAAUAUUUGCGCAUAAAAGACGCCAUUUCUCGCAUAAUUUAAAUUUUCCCGACAAAAAAAAAAGAUGUGUGAACGAAACAAAUUGUCUGUCGACAUUUAUAAAAUUGUACUGAAACGACCUGUUUCCAUCACAGCUUCAAUUUGUCAUUUUUUUGUUUAUAUACGGUAUGACUUUACUGAAAUAGACACUGUGAAUGGAAACGUGGUUAAUGACAAUAGGAGUCUGCAAGACGGCACAAAUAGAUCUGGGACCAGGCGUGUGAAUAUUCAGUUUAGUUUAUCCUCGCCACUGGUCUUUAGUACAGCUGUUUUUACACUAACUAUCAACAAUAUAGAAGAAGGCCUUUUAUGAUGACGAGGGGAGGCCCACGGCAGUAUCAGCUGGCCUGAUACGUUGUAUAUCAUUGUGUGUUUUGACUAUUUCAUUAAAGGACAAUUUGGGUAGAAA